UCUAUUGAUUCCUAAACUUUUGGUCUGCCUUCUGAAUCCAAAACACAUUUGCUGAGACCUAUUAUUUGUGUACUCCCCUCCUUGAUAUUGUGAGUGACUCUCAAAUUAUUUCCAUUGCUUAGUACAUUAGAAUAGGUGCUUCACUAGAUAAAGCAGUACUCUCCUUUUUUGCCUAGAGAUCAGCCAUCUAUAUAACCCAAAGGCCAGAGAGGUUGUUGAUGUUUCAUUCUUCCAUUACUUUUUGAGAGGGUAUUUAUUAACUGAUAUAGUUAAUUGUGCUUAGCUUCAUGAAGACCAUGAAGAGUUCCCAAAUCUGGGCUGGGUGAGAAAAAAAAAGGACAUUUUGGCAGAGUUGCGGAUGGAGGCCCUCUGUGCUGGGAGCUGGUGAUCAUUUAUUAUAGCCCUAUCGAUUUGUCUAUUUUGAAGACAUGAGUUUACUAAUAUGUAUUAUGCUGGCAAGAAGAUGGUGGUGAAGGUGGAAUGAUUAGAAAGGAGUGUUUUAGGCUUCUGAUUGAGUUAUACUGGUUGCUUUUGAAAGAACACCUUGCUGUUACUGUCCCAUUGCUUUUUCUGGCGAUAAUAUUCUGGGGGAAUUUGGGGAGAAUACUUAAGAGCCAAGAAAUUUGCACAGACUGUUUUCUAAAUAGAAUUUUGAAUGUAUUGAAGACUCGUUGGAUAGAUACUGUGCAUCUUGGGUGGAUCUUCAACAAGCAGAUGUAGAAUCUUGGGUUUAAUGAGUCCCUUGAAGAAAGUACUGCAAUCUUGCAUGCUGGGAAUAAGAGCUAAAGCUCAAGAUAGCUCUUAGCAGCUUCCCAGGAAUCCUUCUUGUAGGUCAGGAAGCUUUUCCAGGAGGGCUGAUAUCUAGAGGUUUGAUUCAUGCCACCAGAAGGAGUUUUUAAAUUUGCUUUGAGUUUUUUCUCACCCUGGUUUGCUGAUGUAUUCCCUUAAAUCCACCUUAUUCCUAUCACCAGAUGAUUACGAUUUCCAGAGACUACCUAAAAAUGGUAAGGAAAUCAAAUGAUUGGGGAUUGUUCAGAGGGCAGUGGUGGGAAUCAAUCAGCCCAGUUCCUGUUACCUCACAGACCCAAACUCUAACUACCUAGAGCCUUGGGGAGAUUAUGGUUAUUACUUAGACCUUUGCAAGAUCCUGUAACGAGAACAAAUUUAAAAGAAAAAUGAUUGUAAAUUUAGCGUGGAGCUUCCUUUUUUUUGAGCUAUUAUUUUAUCAUAAACCAAGCUUUGGUGAAUGAACCAGAGAACAAAGUAGCUACAUUGUCACCGACUUCUUUGGUUCUCUAACAUUUUUAGGAAUCACCAGAAUGUCCUAGCUUCAUGUUCCUUUCUCCUGUAUCAGGGAAGUAGUGAGGUAUAGUGGGGAAGGGAAAGAAUACAAGAGUAACUGAGAGCUGUGGUCCUCAGUAUUGCAGCACCUCUGACCUGGCCUUUAUGUGGCUGCUUAUCCACCCUGGAAUGUGGAGUACAGACAAGGUAUGUCCUGGGGUUGUGCUCUUGAUAUCCUCGAGGGCAGGGACAGUUUUUGCUCUUUCCUUGUAUCUCCAGUGCUUAGUACAGUGCCUGGCACAUCAUACGUGCUUAAUAAAUCCUUGUUGAUUGAUUGAUCUGUACAAAACUGGGUUGUCUUUGGAGGUCUAGAAAAUGCUUAGUAGGUUAGAUUCAGGUUUCCUCUGAGGUUCUUGAUUCAGAGAGGGUUCUAUUAGGGAACUGAAACAAGAUGACCUUGGCACUGCUUGAGUAGACCUGAAUGAUAAGAGGCAAGCCCCCAGAAUGUAUCUUUUUUUUUUUUUACCCAGGAAUCCAAAUCAUUUGAUUCUUCGUGCUUGUUCAGAUCUGGGCACAUGCCCAGAGACACGCUGGACUGACCAGCUCAGGGAUUGGCAUCUAGGUUAGAGGGAGGAGAGUGAGGAGGUGGGUUGGAAGGGUCAGUUAACCACUGUGCUGGGCUUUUAGGUAUGAGAAGUUGUCCUAUCUACAUUUAGUGGAGUAAGAACUGCCAAGAAAUAUGGUUGGUUCACCAUGCGCCCUGUGAGGAGGCUGUACCAUGAUUCUCUGCCACAGACGCUGGGUGUUUGCUGCCUACAUUGUACCUCUGAGAAAGUUUCUAGAAUGAAGACAUUAAUUCUCUUCAUAGGUAAACCAGUGAGAACAUGUUAUACCUGUGUUCUUCGUGAGUAUGAGGCUUAUGGUUGUGAGUAAGCAAGUUUCUAGAGAACUAUACUUGAAGCAGCAGGGGAAACUGGUCCAGUCAGAUAACCUUAUGCCCCUACUGCCUCGCCUGGCACUUCUCCCACCCUUAAGAUGUGAUAGCUUUGAAAGCUGUGAAAUCUUUUUGUGUAUGCCUUUGAGUUUUCAAAAGAGCAGUCUGUAACCAAAGGAAAUUGAUCCUUGACCUGACUGGUGACGAAGUAGUGCUUGAAAUGAGACAGUUCCUCCACAGACACCGGGAGCUGGUUUUAAAACUCUUUUAAGAUUAGGGGAUGGAUUCAGAACCCACUAAAAAGGCAGGGGAGCUAGCAGGAGCCUUCCUUCAGUCAGGCUAGGGUUAGAAUCAUUAUUGAGUGAAGAAGAAUGGAUUUAAUAUCUGGCAGAUUUUUCUUUGUGGUCACUUCUGUUUUGGCAUGCCAGGACAUUUGCCUUAUGUCUCUGAAAACUUUUCUGGAUGACUUUUGGCAGGUGACCACAUAUAUAUAUGUUGAAUGGGAAUUGAUAACCCCAACCCCAGUAAGUUUAUAGUAAGAAGAGAUUUUGAGCACUGAUUGGUGAGCAUGUGAAAACUUAUUGCUUGGAAUACUUAAAUAGUUGGGGCACAGGACAUGGCCAUAAUGUUUAAAGCAUCAGGUGGACACUUCUCUGUUAAAGUCUUCUCUGCAUCAUCAUGCCUUGGAAGUGGUCUUAGGUUCUUGAAGCUUAUGCCAGUAGAGUACAAGCCUUUGUGGGUCAGCUGAGUUUGGAAAGGUUUUGAAUAUGGUCCCGGUUAGGAAUGAUCUUUUGUCCAGCUUAGUGAAAUUUAGACAGGCUCAUCGUAAGAAGGUUAGUCAUUAGGUAAAUUUUUUUUUUUCAGCCACAGCUACUCAUAAAGACUGUAUUCAGGCAUGGAAGGUUUGUGAUCUGCAUCAGGGGAUGGAGCACCCACAGUGAUGAAAUCAUGGAUCUUUUGAAGUAAGGGCCCUACAGAAAGUUGAAAAUGCAGGCAAGAUGGAACAGAAUGAGAUGGAACAGGCUGAAUCUUGGAUUCUCCCAACUUCUGAUGAGUCAGUGCAGACUUGCUGCCUGUUGUGCCACCGGGAGCGCAAGGACUGGGGAGGCCCUUCCCACAAUGGGCUGGUCUCCUCUGGGGAGAGACUCCCACCUGACUUUGUGCCAACCAUCGUUCAGAACCUGUUGGGAGAGAUGCCUCUAUGGAUCUGCCAGAGCUGCCGAAAGAGUGUGGAGGAUGAGGAAAGGAAGGCCCUUCAAGAACAGUCCCUGGCGGUCUCAUUAUCACACACGUCCUGCAAGUCACAGUCUUGUGGGGGUGGCUCCCACUCCUCUUCCUCUUCUUCUUCCUCGUCAUCAUCGUCCUCCUCCUCAUGCCAUGGGAACUCAGGGGACUGGGAUCCCAGCUCGUUCCUGUCUGCACACAAACUCUCAGGCCUCUGGAGCUCCCAGCAGGCUGGCGGUACCAUGCAGGGCCCCUCGACUGGGGGCCCUCCUGCUGCACCUGAUUACAUCACCCCACUUUGGGGGCCCCUGGCCAGAAGACCUGCCCCUACAGCCAGGUGCUGUCCUCUCUGGUGGUUUCCAGUGGGGUCCUGCCAGGCUUCUCUGCCUGCCUCACUCAAGUUCUGCAAAACACUUCCCAAGCAGUUCAAGACCAUAUUCAGAAGACCCAUUCCACCAGGUGAGGCCUUCCACUCCUCUGAACAUCACCGGCACUCAGACCUCACCGCCCCCCCCAACAGUCCCACUGGCCAUCCCCAACCACCAGCAUCACUGAUCCCUGCUCACUCAGGACCCUUUGGAUCUCCACCCCAUGCCCACCUAACCCCUGCUGCCCAGGCAGCAUCUUUCCCCACACCUGUCCCCAACGAUCAUGCUCCAGUGCCCAAGACACCUUCUGAGUCACCUGCCGCUGCUGCUGCUGCCAUUGCUGCCCCACAUAGCCCAGCACCAUGUAAGAGCCCUCACCUAUCCUCUGCCAACAUGCCGCUUCUGAAGAUGCCUCCUCCACUCUCAGGGUGUAAUCACCCCUGCAACGGGCACUGCACUGGGUCUCUGGUCCCUCAAGCUGCCUCACAUCAGCUUCCCAGCACUAACAGAGACCCUGGAUGCAAGGGGCACAAGUUUACAAAUGGUACUGGCUGCCACCCACCACAGUCAUGUGAUGCAGAUGAGGGGCUGGGAGAGGAUGAGGACAGCAGUUCAGAGCGAAGCUCCUGCGCCUCAUCCUCCACCACUCAGAAAGAUGGGAAAUUCUGUGAUUGCUGCUACUGCGAGUUCUUUGGACACAACGCGCCCCCCGCUGCCCCGACAAGUCGCAACUAUGCUGAGAUCCGAGAGAAGCUGCGCUCACGGCUGACGAAGAGGAAAGAGGAGCUGCCCCAGAAGAUGGGUCUGGCAGGAAGUGGCCCAGGUGAGCCAGCUGUGGACCAUCGGGAUGUGGAUGAACUGCUGGACUACAUCAACAGUACUGAACCCAAACCCCUCAACAGUGCCAAGGCAGCCAAGCGAGCCCGUCACAAACUGAAGAAGAAGGAGAAGGAGAAGGCCCAGCUGGAAGCUGAGGGCUCUAAGCGUGCUGAUCGCAGCUCCAUGGCUGGUCGGGGUACAGAACCAUCAGGGGAGAAGCUUUUGGAGUGGCCCCAGCUUGAACUGGAGCGGGUCAACAGCUUCUUGACCAGCCGCUUGCAGGAGAUCAAGAAUACCAUCAAAGAGUCCAUCCGAGCUAGCUUCAGUGUUUAUGACCUUAAUCUGGAUGUGAAUGAUUUUCCUAAAAAGGCAGCCAUGCUGGAGCAGAGGGACCUGCUUUCCCGCCUUAAUGGCUCAUCUGACCUACAGGAGAUUGGCCUAGAUCUCUCACCUUUGACUUUGGGUUCCUCCCAGAACCACACACUACACUCCUCCAGUGAGCCGAGCCCGCCCCAGGAUGAGAGAGUGCCUCUUCCCCCACCUCCCACCACUGAGAAUGGGCUACUUAAAAGGCUUAGUGCUGUGCCCAACCUCUCCCGGAUGAUCUGGGUUCAGUCCCCAAAGGCUGCUGACUCAGCCCCUGAAGGGCCAGGCCGCAAUGUGAAGGAUGCAGUCUCCAUCAAUGGGCCAGAGCUCCCCGAGCCCCCACCUGGAGGAGGGGGGAGGCAAAAGAAGAAUAAAAGGCAAAACAGUCAGGCCAAGAAAAGCGAGACAUAUGGAGUACCUGGGCAUCAGGCCAAGCUGGAGAGCCUUCCCACUAAGGGACAGGCUUCAGGAGCCAGGCAACCAGCCAAGGGCCCAGAGCCCCAAGAAGGGCCCCGGGGGAGCCGGUCAGGGCAGAACUGGGCUUGGAGUGCCAAGGCUGAGAAAGGAAGCUUGUGGAGAAGCCGGAAGAGCGAGGCCAAAAUGGACAGGCCGGAGCAGGAAUCCAUGCAGGCACCUGGCCUUGGCCAUGGGCCACUUGGGAGCCCGGCCGGCCUGGGGGCCUCACCACAGACCAAGGGAAAGCACAGGAAGAACCGGAACAAGAUGGAGAAGUCUACCACCUCUCUGGAUGAUGUGUUCCUGCCCAAGGAUGUGGAUGGAGUAGAGAUGGAUGAGACGGACCGGGAGGUGGAAUACUUCAAGAGGUUCUGCCUGGAUUCUGCAAAGCAGACUCGUCAAAAAGUGGCUGUGAACUGGACCAACUUCACCCUCAAGAAAAUCACUUCCAGCGCAGCUCAGUGAGGACUGGCCUGGCUAUGGGAGGCCUCAUAUGCACGCUCUGUGGACUGGAAAGUUUGGCAUCCAGUGUAGCAUUCCUGCCUCUUUUCCUGUUCCUACUCCCCAUUGUGGCAUUGUUUCCCCUCUGCACAUCAUUUUGUGAGCCUGAAGGCACAGGUAUUCUUCCUGCCCUUCCUUUCUUCUUUGACUCUGAGCCCUACUUAUUCUGGAUCUGUCGUUAGUGGUCAGGUGGGCAAGGAGUUAGGAGGAAAGGAGAUCACGUCCUGUGCUCCAUUUCCCCAUCCCAAGGUGACUUGGCUUCUAAAGGACCCUUUAAUGGGAUGCCCGGGGCCUUCCCUCUCCCCAGCUACCAAGUCCCCAGAGUCAAGACUCUGAUGAGUCCAGGUCCCUUUUGUCUUUUUCAUGUCUCGUUUUUUGAUAAAAUGGGGGAGAAUACUGACAGACCCCAAGAUUUGGGGACCUUGGCCUUGUCCUUUCUCUGUAUCAUACUCACAUUGACACUCCCACUGGGUAUGUAGAAGGGCCAUGCUGGACCCAAUAAAAAAAGCUUUUUAAUUUUUUAAUUUUAUUUAAAAAAAGGAUAUUAUUUUUGUUGUUUCUUAUUGGUUUUUCCAUGCCUUCCCUCCUGCCUGGUCCCUUUGUUCUCCUUUACUCCAGUUUCCCUUCUCUAUGGGUUCCUGAGAUGCAUGGGAACACUAGUUACUGGUCAUCAUCUCAUCCGUCUUCCACAUGACCUUUUCCAGCACAGGCCAGCAAAGAGCAAAAGCCUAGCUCCCCUGCUUCUCUUCUGUUGACAGGGAAGUUGUAGGGAGCAUGGAACCCCGGUGUUGAGCCUUCACUUCAUAUCCAACUUGGACUCCAGGGAAGGGCCUUCCUUGUACUUUCCACACACUCUGAGCGUGCCAGAUGCAAAGUAAUAGGACACCCUUAAACAGAGCCAGCCCAGGAGUGUCUGAAUGGGGUCGAGUUGUAAGAUUUUGAGCAGGAAGGGACCUUACACAUCAUCUUGUUCAGCCCCCUCAUUUUACAACUGAAGAAGUGGAGGCCCAGAGAGGGGAAGAAAUUUUUCCAAGGUUAAACCAGGUAGUAAAUCAUAGAACUAGAAUUUGGACUCAGGCCCUGAGUCUAAACCUUAUGCUGUCGCCAGAAACAGGGGCAUCAAAGAGAAAGGAAAGUCCUUGGGAUGUGAAGAGCACUUUGUAGAAGACAGGGAGAUGUCAGCAGGGUGGUUGAAAGCUGUCUGAGAAUGGGGAGUUUGGCUCCCAGAUAGGGAGACUGCAGUAAGCACCACACCCACCGUGCAUUGUUGUGCACUGAGAGAACCACCGCUCCCUCCCAUAUCCCCUUCCAGGCAUGUCCCUCAGCCUGCUGGUCUCCAGCCUCCACAGUCAGCUGUCUGCCUGAGAGCUUGGAUUGUUGUACCAGAGGCUAGAGCAGCUGUCCUUCAGGGCCUGGGGAAACUGACUGGAAAGGGAGGAAAAUUGGGAUUCCAUUUCUUGAGGGGGAACUCAUGGGACAAUGGUCUUGUUGUUAAAGUUGGCGCAGGGCCCCAGCUGCUAAGUGGCCUGUCUUCCCACCUCUGUAGCACCCUCUGUAGUGAGGAGUGAAGGGUUGGGGGGAUGUAGAUCAGGGCUGCACAGCUACACUCCUCAGGGAGGGGCUGGGCAGGUCGCUGGUACACUGGCAGCUGCAUGCUGCCCUCAGGAAUCAAGAGAGAAUCUGCUCUCUCCUCUCCCUUACCAACACCAGCCCUCCUCUCCUCCCUUCCAGUGAGGUUGGAAAACCUCCCAAGCAACUAGCUACAAGCAGAGUCAUUUUCGUUCUGGAAUAAAUGGUUCCAGGAAUCUCCCUUAUUGCUCCUCCCCUUCCCUCCCCCUUGCUUUUAGGAGUGCUCUCUGAACCUCCUGCCUCCCUCUGAAAAUGGGACACUUCCGAUCCGUUGAACACAAUCAUAGGAUCCAGAGCUGAAAGGACCUUUAGAGGUCAUCUAGUCCACCCCCUGCACCCCUAUUCCCUUAUUGUACAGUAGCUUGCUCAAGGUUAAAGUUGGUAAGUAGUUUAGCCAGGAUUAGAACCUCCUGGGUUCUAGUUGGACUCCAAAUUUACUACUUCUGUCAGUGCCCGCCCCCCCCCCCCAGCCAGCUACUUAGGGUCUCUGGCCUGACUUGCUGAUCACAGAAGUAAUAAACUCUUUUGAGAGUUUAGUGGCAGCAGGUUCCCUAAAAGCUGAAUAUUGACCUGACUGAUGUUCUCUUUCUAAAAAUCCCUUUGUAGCAUGUGCCCAAUCAGCUGACUAACCCCAGCCACUCAACCUUGUUCUACAUUCUCUCUUUUCUACCCUGAGUUGGAGCACUGGAAGUUCCUAGGGUUCUGUUCCUAACUUUGCCAUCAGUGGUGGAGUGAGGAGCCUUUACAGAAUGCAGCGGGAAUGUUGAGUAUCCUUUGAGUGAGACUGGGAUUCCCUUGGCCACUUUCCCAUUUGGGGAACCUAGUCUGUCCACAGAUUCCUAAGCAUCGCUCUGGGCAAUCAAAAUUGCCCCCUACACAAUUGAGUUGACCCAGGAUGUGGAAGGUUAAAGGGGAUCAAGUUUCCACAGGCAAAACAAAUACCUCUGACCUGUGGGGAGAUCCCUUCCUCAGGAUAGACAUGUACUUACUGAUGAGAAUCAGUGCUUUAUGAACUUCUUCACUUUUACAAAUUUCUCCUUCCCUUCUGUUCCCUGUGCCCCAAGUUCCCUUCCAGAAGGGAGUCAGGGAGUCAGGAUUAAGGAAUAGAUAGGAGCACAGAGACCAAAGUCUCAGAAUUAUUGUUCUUGCUUUUCUCCUGAUUUCCUUCUAACUCUACCCAUAGUCUUAUAGGAACUAGCACCAUAUGCCCUGAUCUUCUCUUGUGCUCCUUCCCUAAACUCAGUCCUUUUCCCUUGGAUUUGUGGAGCCAACAUUCCCAACCAGCCUUUUCUGGGCUAGUUGGCUGAGUGACCUGAAACUGGAAGGCAAGGGUAGUCUCCACUCAUUCCCUUUCCUUUUCCCCUUUCCCCUUCUGACUUGGGUAUGGAGAGCUAAGCAGCCAGAGUUGUUAAAGCUAGGUGCUGACACUUAUCUGGGAAUGUCUGGGGAUGGGAAGCUGGAGGAGCAGGGGUCAAGGUAACAGAGCUAAACACCUGUAGAGAGCAGCAAAAUCUCGGGGCUUUGGAGACCCAUAGCCAGAGGCCAUCUAGCUGCUGGGGCUAGCCGCCUUAGAGGAGGAAUUGCUGGGCUCCUUCUUCCAUCAGAGAACAUAGGAGCCUGGAAUUCCACGUGAUGUGCUGGUUUUGCCACAGCCCAAGGGAGCAGAAUUUGGUGGUGGUGGUACCCUCUUGCCCUAGGGAGGACUAGCUCUGUAGCAAAAAGGACCCUUUCUGCUCACCCCAGGAGGUGGUUCCCCUUCCUUGAGGCCUAGAAUACAUUUUGAAAGCACCCACUAUAUUCUGUCCUGUCUGUCUCCUCCCAGGCAUGUGUUCUUCCUCCUGUGAUUGGGGAAAUGGGGAUAGAGAUUGAAGGCAAUCCAGAUAUUCUGAUAAAUGUUUUUUAUUUCCUUUUAUAACCCAAGGAGCGGAAAUGGCAAGCAGGCCUGCUCCUGUUGCCAUGGUGAUCACGGGGUGGAGGUGGGGGUAGUGAAGGGAUUGGAACCAUUCCUAAUGUAUGUUAAAAGCCUGAACUAUGGAACGGGAAGAGAAGCUGGUUGUGUUAUCACCCUCUUUUUUCCCCAGCCCCUGCCUGGUCCACACUGAACUAUUCUUCUCCAGGAUGGUCGUAGCUCUUGGGUAUUGGCUGAAUGUCUGGAGAGAAAAUACUCUCCCUCCCCUCUCCUGCCCUCACGGUGGCUCUUUCAUACCUGUCCACUUGCCACUUGACCACCUAAGAACCCCUCUCCCCGGAUGAACCAAAACCUGGAUUGACACUGAGCUGUGAUGGAAACAAACUCUGGAUCUUCGAAAAGCCGAUUUCUGGUGCUAGCCAGCCUCCACACUUGGAGCCCGGACUGGGACGGGCUGCUCCCCCAGGGCACUGUGGGGCAAAGGAGCUGGUGGAAUUGCCUGCCCAGUGCUUCUCUCUGUGUUUGGUGUUUUUUUUUUAUUCUUUACUUUUGAUACUGUGAAGAUCUUUCAUGCUGAAAGAUUAAAUGACAUUUGGACACAGGCA